AUGGUGCAUGACAAGAGGGCUGACAACGACUCUUCGAGGUGGGAUAACAUCAUCUUCUCGACGACAGACUUGUGGGAUGAGAGCAAGUGGACUGAUGCUGUACACCUUGACUUUGAGGGUUACGAUAUCAGCCCGCAUUGGGAUGACGAGGGAAACUCGUAUGUUGUUGGAAGUCAUGCAUGGAAAGUAGCCUAUGGUAUUCACAUCAAUCGUGUCGAUCUCACGACGGGAGAGGUACUCGGCGACUGGACUAACCUAUGGAACGGUACAGGCGGUAUUGCACCGGAAGGACCACAUAUCUUCAAGAAGGAUGGUUGGUACUACUUGAUGAUAGCAGAAGGCGGAACUGGCCUACUUCAUAUGGAAACGAUAGCGCGAUCAAAAGAUCUUUAUGGUCCAUAUGGACCCAAUACCGCAAAUCCAAUCUUGACCAACGCAAACACCACCGAAUACUUCCAAGCUGUAGGCCAUGCCGACCUCUUCCAAGACGCACAAGGCCAAUGGUGGGGUGUAGCGUUAGCUGUCCGCUCUGGCCCGGAAUGGGUAACCUUCCCCAUGGGCCGAGAAACCGUCCUGUACAACGUUACAUGGGAAGCCAACUCAUGGCCUGAACUGCAACAUCCAGUCCGGGGCGAGAUGCGAGGAUGGUCACUCCCUGGCAUCAUCCAAGACCUACCAGGUGACGGCCCCUUCGUAGAUGAAGGCGACAACAACAUCAAGUUCCGCCCAAACACCUCGAUUCCACCACACUUCGUCUACUGGCGUCCACCUAUCGCAGAGAACUAUGCUAUUUCCCCACCCGGCCAUAUCAACAGCUUGCGUCUCAAGCCCUCAAGUCUGAAUCUUACAGGCAUUGAUGGAAACUCACCGGGUCCAGGCGGUCAAACAUUCAUAUCCCGGCGGCAAGUCGACACACUGUUCAGUUUCGCUUUCGACCUAGACUACACCCCUAGUGCCCAUAACGAAGAAGCGGGAAUAACACUUUUCUUGACGCAGAACCACCACGCACGAAUGGGCGUCGCGAUGCUCCCUCUAGCCAACGACAGCAGUAAACUAGCACCACACUUCCACUUCCAUGCUAUAUCCUACAUUCCCGUUCCAGACGACAUAGUCGUCCCUGUGUACGCCUCCUGGCUCAACAAACCGCUCACGCUGAGUCUGAGAGCGGUGAACGUCACACACUAUGCUUUUGGUGCCGGACCCGCUGACGGCAGUGUACCUAUCCAGGACUUCGCAUAUGUGGGCGGUGAUAUCAUCUCCUGGGGCUUCACAGGUGCGCUGGUAGGGGCAUAUGCGACGAGCAAUGGAGGAAUUGGGACAACGGAGGCGUAUGUUACGAAUUGGAAUUAUCAAGGCUGGGGGCAGGUUAGGGAGAAUUGGAAUGGGACCGGAAUCUACUGA